AACAUGCUCAGCCCAGACCCCAAGAACCAGCUGUUCUUCUCCGUGCCGCCGGCCGCCUCCUGGGCCCAGCUGGCCGAGGUGCUGAGCUGGCAGUUCUCAGCCGCCACCGAGCGCGGGCUGGACAAGGAGCAGCUGCGCAUGCUGGCGGAAAAGCUCUUUGGGCCGGAAGCCACCCCCGCCAGCACUCUGACCUGGGCCAAGUUCGCCAAGGACAACCCGCCCAUCUUCUCCUUCUGGACCUGGCUGGACGGGAUCCUGAGCCUGAUCCGAGACCACCUGGCCCAGCUCUGGAAGGACGGGCACAUCAUGGGCUUCGUGAGCCGCAAGCGGGAGCGGCAGCUGCUGAAGAGAAAGCAGAUGGGCACCUUCCUGCUGCGCUUCAGCGAGAGCAGCCGCGAGGGCGGCAUUACCUGCAGCUGGGUGGAGCCCGGGGAGAAAGGUCAGCCCAAGGUCCGUUCCGUGGAGCCCUACACCAGGACGGAGCUGACGUCGCUGCCGCUGCCUGACAUCAUCCACGACUACCAGCUGGUGGCCGCCGAGAACAUCCCCGAGAACCCCCUCAAGUUCCUGUACCCCGGCACGCCCCGGGACGAGGCCUUCGGGAAGUACUACACCGAGAGGAGGGAAG